GAGAACUGGAGGCAGGAACUGCGGGUGAUCUACCAGUGCUUCGUGUGGUGUGGAACCCCAGAAACCAGGAAAAGCAAGGCAAAGUCGUGCAUCUGCCAUGUGUGCGGCACCCAUUUGAACAGACUCCACUCUUGCCUUUCCUGUGUCUUCUUUGGCUGCUUCACAGAGAAACACAUUCAUGAGCACGCCGAGACAAAACAACACAACUUAGCUGUAGACCUUUAUUAUGGAGGUAUAUACUGCUUUAUGUGUAAGGACUAUGUGUAUGACAAAGACAUUGAGCAAAUUGCCAAAGAAGAGCAAGGAGAAGCUUUGAAAUUACAAGCCUCCACCUCAACCGAGAUUUCUCACCAGCAGUAUUCAAUACCAGGACCCGGUGAGAAAUAUCCAACCUGGGAGACCACCAAACCUGAGCUGGAACUGCUGGGACACAACCCAAGGAGAAGACGAAUCGCCUCUAGCUUUACCAUUGGUUUAAGAGGACUUAUCAAUCUUGGCAACACGUGCUUCAUGAACUGCAUCGUCCAGGCCCUUACCCACACUCCCAUACUGAGAGAUUUCUUUCUCUCUGACCGGCACAGAUGUGAAAUGCCAAGUCCUGAGUUGUGUCUGGUCUGUGAGAUGUCUUCGCUUUUUCGCGAGUUGUAUUCUGGAAACCCAACUCCUCACGUUCCCUAUAAAUUACUGCACCUGGUAUGGAUACAUGCACGGCAUUUAGCAGGGUACAGGCAGCAGGAUGCCCACGAGUUCCUCAUUGCAGCGCUGGAUGUCCUGCACAGGCACUGCAAAGGUGAUGAUGCUGGGAAGGCCGCCAACAAUCCCAACCACUGUAACUGCAUCAUAGACCAGAUCUUCACUGGUGGCCUGCAGUCUGAUGUCACCUGUCAAGCCUGCCAUGGCGUCUCCACCACUAUAGACCCUUGCUGGGACAUCAGUUUGGACUUGCCUGGCUCUUGUACCUCCUUCUGGCCAAUGAGCCCCGGGAGGGAGAGCAGUGUGAAUGGGGAAAGCCACAUACCGGGAAUCACCACCCUCACGGACUGCUUGCGAAGGUUUACAAGGCCAGAGCACUUAGGAAGCAGUGCCAAAAUCAAAUGUGGUAGUUGCCAAAGCUACCAGGAAUCUACCAAACAGCUCACAAUGAAUAAACUACCUGUUGUUGCCUGUUUUCAUUUCAAACGGUUUGAACACUCAGCCAAACAGAGGCGCAAGAUCACUACAUACAUAUCCUUUCCUCUGGAGCUGGAUAUGACACCGUUUAUGGCCUCAAGUAAAGAGAGCAGGAUGAACGGACAGUUGCAGCUUCCAACCAAUAGUGGAAACGACGAGAAUAAGUAUUCCUUGUUUGCUGUGGUUAAUCACCAAGGAACCUUGGAGAGUGGCCACUACACCAGCUUCAUCCGGCACCACAAGGACCAGUGGUUCAAGUGUGAUGAUGCCGUCAUCACCAAGGCCAGUAUUAAGGACGUUCUGGACAGUGAAGGGUAUUUACUGUUCUAUCACAAACAGGUCCUCGAACAUGAGUCAGAAAAAGUGAAAGAAAUGAAUACACAAGCCUAUUGAAGUGACACACAGACCUACCUGGAACAGAAGGUGACAACACCCAUAUGGCAACUGGCAUCGCGAUUUAAAGGACCUACUUGCAUGGCCCAUGGGCCUACCAGAGUAAGAAUUGAACAGUACCCAGUGUCUAAAAGGUCCUGAUUGGAAGAGAAAUAUAUGGGGUGGGAGGAGGCUCUAGUCUAAGCAAUCACUCAAAGGAAAAUUAAUGACAGCAGUGCUCUGGGUGAGGAAGGCAGGAGCAGGGAAAUCCUGACACUGGUACAUAUCCUAUAUUCCUCCAAAAGAUUGUGUGGGAAAGUGUGGGGUGGGAGGG